AUGGCGAAUUUUGUCGAGGGGAGUUUAUCCGACCCCGUCCCUGCGGAUCUGAAUGGCGGCCUCGAUCCCCAAAGUGGGCGAGAAUGUUUCCAUACCUCAAUGACGAGAGAUGAAGGCAAAUCAACACUACCGGGAUAUGAAGGGAUGAGCUGGCGGGUGAAACAAUACCUCCAGCAACCCAACGCCCAGGAUGAAGUGCGCUGGCCGGGAAAGGCAGAUUUAGCCCGGCGGUUCACGACGGCUACGAUAUAA